ACUCACCGAACCGCCAGACGAUUUCCCCCACGGAUCUAGACUUUAGAUAGCUACAGUGGCUUUUCAUCUAACCUUCUCCUAAGACUUCCGCCGCCCUGAAACAGAAGCUCAGCCCAGAUCCAGCCUUAAAUACUGCCCAUACGGCCUAAGAAGAAGAAGCAAUAGGUACUCUCGGGACUAGCCCGAAUGGAGGACCACAACCACUUACCGGAGCAUCUAGACGAUCCACCACCGCGGAGGAACGAUCGAGAAGCCGCCGGACCCGAAGGAGAGAACAAUGCCGCCGGGCAGAAUGAAGAGCACAUUGCCGUUCAUGAUGGUGCUCAUGAGCUGGAUUACCUUGAUCCGCUUAUUGGUGAUUUUGACGCCCCUCACUUACACUUUCAAUCUCGGUCCGCCAUUAACCCGACCAGACCGCAGCACGAAUCUUUCAAGAUUAGCCCUCAACUAAUCAACUUGGUGAAAGAAAACCAAUUCCAUGGUUUUGCUACAGAGAUACCAAUCGCCCAUAUUGAUCUUUUCGAAGAGAUAUGUGAUACCACCAGUUCGGAUGAGGAGGCUAACAACUACCGGAAGUAUACCGCAAGUACUGGAGACUUUGCGACGAAGACGGUGGAAGAAGCCCGAUCUUUGAUUAGCAACCUGGCCGUGAGUGAUAACAACAACCUUCUCGACCCCUCCUUGACCAUGGAUAAAGAAGCAAUCCAUCUUUCAAGAUUCGAUGAGCUCAUGGAGAUGAUGAACACCGCGGUGAAGUGUUUACAAGAAGUUACUAGUUCUUCCUCGGAAGAAGAUGACGAUUUCUAUGGUCGAGAGGAGGAUGUGAAUUACAUGGGAGCCAGGAGAGGUUACCAAGGGAGAGUGUUCAACCAAAGUUUCCGAAACCGAGGGAGAAACACUAACCAGAAGAGUGUGAAUAAUAAGAUCCAUGAGAUGUACGAGGAGAUCAACAACAAAGUGGUGACUCUUUCGGACAAAGUCGAAGGAAUCUACAAACAAAACACGGAGACCGCUUUCAUUGUGGUAACGUUUACGGAGCCUUUCAUGAGGAAGUACAAGCAGCCUCUCUAUGCCCACUUGAACGCCAUAACACUAAGGAGUGGCCUUGCCUACAAGGAGCCCAUAGACCCGAGGUACCAAGAAGAGGAGCAGCCGCUACCUCACCCUAGACCGGGUAGGAGACCCGUGACUGGUGAGGAGCAACCAGAGCCAGCCUUAUCCACCAGACCGGUCACAAGCCCCGUCACCGAUGGAAGAGAAGCCGCGAAGAUGCCAUCCAGACCGGUCACACAGCCCGUUACCGGAGGAGACCCUUCUGACCAUACCGGUCACUCCACUGCCGCCGGAGGAGAUGUAGCCGAAGAGCCGCUGAAUCGUGAGGGAGUUAUACCUACUCCUCCCUUACGACCUGAACGUGUCUAUCAACCUAAGGUGCCUUACCCUAAUGCCUCGAAGACUUCAAAGAAGGAAAGAGAACGAGCUAAGCUAAAAGAGCUAAUCGGGCAAUUAACGGUAAGACUACCUUUUGUUGAAGCUUGUGCCAUGAUUCCUACUCUCAGGAAGUACAUGAAGAGUAUAUUGACCAACAACAUCAGCCUUGAAGACGGAGUAAUGAUGAUUACUCAAGAUUGUAGUGCCAUACUACAAAACCGGAGUCCACAGAAAAGAGUGGAGGAAGCCACAAACGAGCUAUGUGAAGAAAUCAUCCUCGACGAUCCUUUGGAGAUGGCUUUGACCGAAGCUAAGGACGAUUAUGUUUUUCUCAUGGAGUCCGUGGAAAACUCGGCAGAGAUCCUUGAUUCAGCCGAAUGUUACACGAGACUUGUAGCAUAUCUCGAUCUAGACGAGGAGAGCAGCCAACCCGCGCCUCCUAAGGACACGCCGUCCGAUGUAGCUAAUCGUUGGAGUGAGCUAAGAGCCCCGAAAGUGGAGCUCAAGCAACUCCCUAUUGGGCUAAGGGACCGGAAAGGAGCUGACAAUGGAGUUGCCGACCACCUUUCCCGUAUGAGAAUCGACGAGCCGAUACCUCUAGACGAUAGCCUACCCGAAGAGAACGUGUAUGUGAUCGAUACCGUUCCUAUCGGAGGAGUUCCAGCCCCGCCUCAACAGCGUGUAGCACGAUUCAAGAGCUACGAUACCCCUUGGUUCCGGUAUUACGCAAACUACCUUGCUGCAGAUGUGCGACUUAAGCCCUACUUUCCUCAGAUCGGUAAAGAUGCCGUCCCAACCGUCCCAACAAACGUCCCGUACCGCAGCUGCCCAGCGGUCAAUCAACAACCCCUCCCGAACACGAUCCGCAAUCGUACCGAUGGCGAUUUGCAUCAACUCACCCUGCGACCCGCGUCUAAACCGCGACCCGCAACACAUAUUUCUUUCCGGCUAGUCAUUAGAACUGUGACUGGUGCCCUGAUGGAAAAGAAAUUGGCCUCACGGCCUACCCAAGGGAAAGACGCGAGGGCUAUUGGUUUUGAGCAUCUGCGCCGCAUUGAGUUUCUAGAGCAUGGCAUGGUUGGUGAGUUCUAUCACUACAGGUUCGAGCAUCCAUUGAGCAAAACCGCCAACAUUCUUCUUCCUUGCCCUGAAGCUACGAGUAUACUCGCGGGAGAAAACAUCGACUUCGAGCCUGCGUUCGAAGAUCUUUAUAUCGAGUUCACUCAACCGAUGGAAGAAGAUGCUCCUGCACCUGAUCCUGCAGAAGAUGAGAUUGAUGACAUGGAUGUGGACAGGGAUGAGGAGUAUGAUACGAGCAUGUAUCACUUUGGUGAGCAUGUGCCGCCAUCUAGAGAGAGCAAGAGCCUGAGUGAAGCUCACAGACACAACAGCCAGUUGCAGAAGUGGUGCAAGAAAUAGGAUAAGAAACAGGAGCCUGAGCC